GCCAGCCAUUGCCUCGAAAAAAAUCUCCUAAUCUGAGAAAAUCAUUCAAGAGAGCAACGCGGAAAGAUGUCUCAGACCGAAACCCUAAAUGUUCUCGAUGAAAUCGAGUCUCUUGUCUCCGAUCAGCUUCAAGUGGUAUCUUACAAAUGGCUAAGUCGAAAUUUCUCGCUUUCAUCAAAAACUGCCAAGAGGUUGCUUAAGGAUUUUGUCGACAAACACGGCAAGGAUUUGGAAGUUGUAUAUAAUGUAUCCGGGUGGGCAAAGAACAGACCUUCUGAUUACCACACUAGACUUGUAUCGAGUUCCAAACUUCCAGAAGUGGAGAAAGAGUUCAAUGGAACAUAUUCAGUUCAUAUCUACAGUGUUCAAGCUAGUAUUCCAAUGGAUCCAGCUGCCAUAUGGAACGCAGAGUUUGUACAAGCAGAAGAGCUCUUCAGGCAGCCUUCUGCCACUGAUAAUUGCUUGAGAGACAACAGGUUUUGUGGCAUCUCCAAUGCCUUUGUAAAGCGUAAUAUAGAGGGAGCCACUGCAAAUGUUACAGCCCUGCGAACCGAAAGUGUAAGAACUACAGUACAAUCUAAAAGUGGUUUAAAUUGUCAAGAGGGUACAGUGCCUUCAAACCAGGGAAAGCGAUUUCAGCAAACAAUCCCUACGGUUGACCAUCAGGCUAAAAGUGAAUCUAUUACUGCUCCAGCUCAAAACCAGUCUGUGAAAUCUUCCAAUGAUAAAGAAAAAUCCCUUCCUGUGCCCGCUAAUAAAAAGAAGGGACAGGGCGAAAAGAGCGUGACUGGAAAUGGGGGUUCGCUGAAAAAUAUGUGGGGCCGUGUGCCUGUGAAAACAGAAGAUGAUUCUGCAACAAUAGAGGUCAAAAAUCAUGAUCAUUCAGAAGCCCAAAAACUUUCCCUCGAUCCCAAGAAUAAAGGAGGCAGCGAUGAUGAGACUCGAGACGUCAAUUGUAGAAGAGCGUCUAAAACUGAUAACAGAAAAAGGAAGGUGAUAUUUGAUUAUUCAGACGAAGAGUAUGAAGAUGUUAUCAGCUUAGCAUCUCCUAGUAGUCCAAAGAUUAAUUCAUGUCCAGAUAGUGAACAAAAUACCAAAGAUUCAGGUGCAGAGAAGCCUGACGCAGAUAUAGCUCGAGAGAUAAAAACUGAUGAACCAGAGGCCAGCGAAGAAGACAGGCAAAAAAUUGUGUCUGAUGAUACGUGUGGUGUCAGGAAAAACGAGAAACCUGUGGCUUCGUCAAUGGAGAAGAUCCAGGCCAAUCCCUCAAAGGAAAGAAUUACUGAUGCUCCGAAAAGGAAGAAAGUUUUGAAGUCGUGGAUUGAUGAUCGUGGGAGAGAAGUAACUGAGGUGGUCUGGGAGGAGACAGAAACGAACGGGAAGAAGAAAGAGGAGACUGAUACAAGUAAGAAGUUAAAUGAUGGCAAAAACGCCAAUGCUGGUAACAGGGGGGUUGCACAGAAGAAGAGCCCAGCGAUUGGAAAUGGGGCCUCCACAAACGCAGGAGGAAAAACAGGAAGCAAGAAAGGCGGGAACGUAAAAGAUCCUAAGCAAGGGAAUAUAAUGUCCUUCUUCAAGAGAGUUUAAAAAGCUUUGAUUUUUUUUUUUUUUUGGGUAUGCUGCUGAGUUUUGAUUGAGGAAAUCCAAAAAUCAUAACUUGGAUUCAUCUGAUUGUAUGCUUCGAAUUCACUUGUUAUGUUGUAAAACUCUUGAGCCGUUGAAUUAGACUUGUUUGU